CUGAGCACCAACAUGCAGCAGAUUGCAGACAGCAAGCUGCAGGCUAAUGGAAGAGACCCGGGCUUCAGUAGAGUAGCCAGACAGACAGACAGCUACCUCGUGGAAAACCCUCUUUUCGGAAUGGGUGCCAGGCUGUAACUCCCAAGGAGAAGUUAGAUAAACCUCACAACAGUGAAGAUGGUGUCGUGGAUCAUUUCGCGGAUGGUGGUCCUGGCCUUUGGGACCCUCUACCCAGCGUACUCUUCCUAUAAGGCUGUGAAGACGAAAAACGUGAAGGAAUAUGUCAAAUGGAUGAUGUACUGGAUAGUGUUUGCGUUCUUUACGACAGCAGAGACGAUCACAGAUAUGGUUCUUUCCUGGUUUCCGUUUUAUUUUGAACUGAAGAUUGCCUUUGUGAUCUGGCUGCUGUCCCCGUACACAAAGGGCUCUAGUGUGCUUUACCGAAAGUUUGUGCACCCCACGCUGUCCAACAAAGAGAAGGAGAUUGAUGAAUACAUUACUCAGGCCAAGGACCGCAGCUAUGAGACCAUGAUGCGAUUUGGAAAGAGGGGACUGAACAUUGCAGCUACAGCAGCGGUCACAGCUGCCACUAAGGGCCAGGGUGUGUUGUCGGAGAAGCUGCGCAGUUUCAGCAUGCAGGAUCUGACGCUCAUUCAGAACGAGGAGGAGCUGCAGCUGGAUCCCACUGAUGAGACACACACUGCUGCCACGCUGCCCCGUGCUAAAACAGCCACGCGCUCGGUUCGUGCUACACACAUCCAGCCAGACGGCGAAUCUCUGCCUAGUUCCCGCUCUGACGGCGACCAGUCGGACAGCAAGACUGAGCACUCGGAUGAGGACGCUGCUGACAAAGUACCCAAGCGAACGGCCAGUGUUAAAGCAGCCAAGAAGCCGGUCGCUGCUAAGACAGAGACGACCAAGACGGUGAAGAAACAGCCAAAGAAGAAGAGCACCACUGCUACCAGCAGCAAUGCCGCCGAGACACCUUGAGUCACCAGGCUGAGAUUCAGCUGGGGUGACGCACACAUACACAUAUACAACACGCAUCGUUCACUGAGUACUCCUCAUAGACUUGAAUAUAAACACGACUCUGUUGGUAGGUUCUCUCCAACACGCACACAUACAAGUCCACACGUACACUCUCGCUCGCACAGCUACUCUAUGUCCAAGCAUAUCUUCUGCGCCGACUUAUUCAUGAAUUUUCAAGGUCUCUCUUACUCUUCACCAAGCUCUUCAUGCUCUUCGAGUGAGGUUGUCUGUGUGUGUUUGUACAGUGUGUGCUGUCUCACGACCCUCUAUACUCUCUUUAGGCCUUACUGUUAGUGGAGAUUUCAGCAGUAGGCUUUGUCUGCACUCGUAAGUAUUCGUAUACUCUGUCCACCUCUCCCCUCUGUUUUAGGGCGCCUUGUCUUCCAAUCAGAGGCCAAUUCUUUUUUUAAAGCAUGUAGGACGCCCACCGAGGGAACAGGAAUCGAGGCUAAAAGAGAAGAAUUGCGUGCUCGCAGCUUAGCUUCAGGAGCCUCUUGUACUCAGACAUAAUAGGUCUGCUGAAGAGCCGUGGUGGGUUUCAGAGCUACAAGCACAGCUCUCUCUGUCCACGCUGCACACCACAUGACAUCAUUCAUCAUUGGCCCUGAAAGAUUUAUGCUUAAGGAGAGGUCAUAUCUCUCCUAGAAGUCACAGACACUCCAAAAGCUCUUGGCGUUGAUGAGGACUUUGCCGGAGCUGUUGCUGGAAACACUCAACUUUCACUCAGUGUCUGCUCUGUGCUCUGAAGUUCUAAACAUGAUGGCUAAUCUGUUGCCAGGCAUUUUGGCGACUAUUUAUACAGUUAACAGUUGCUCCCAUAGGGUUUAUUACUCCAUUAUUAGAAUUAUAAAGGCUUACACAGGCCUGCAAGGGAUGUAAAGUGGUUCAGUGUGUGCUAUGGCUGUUUUUUGGUCUUUUAUUUGCUAUUGCUUGCUGGCCAAACAAAGUUUUCAGUUUACCAUGCCUUCUCUCCAAAUAUGGCCUCAUUGCCAUGUGUUUUUAUUUCUUUUAGCCAGUAUCAACCAGACGUUAUCUUGGAAAGACUAAAUUCUGACUAGUUUUAUUUCCUUUAUGUUCUUUUUGGAGAUGUUUAAUUGACUGCACAGUAUAGGUCUUAUCAGUUUGCAGCAUGUUGUGUUACAGUGAGGUUUCCGUGCAGACUCCUCUUGUAGUUGCAAUGCUGUCUUUUGUUUGUUGCACUUGGAGAGGUUACAACAGCAUUGCUCAUGGUAAUAGCAUUGCUAUUUGCUGUCUAGGAGUACAAAAAUAGUACAAAACCAACUGAGUUUGGGCCAAUCAAAAGAUUAGUUUACUCUAACCUGCUCCUUUAUGGUUCUGUUUUAAAAUGACUGACUUUGUUCAUGCUACGGGUCAUCACAGUCAACCGGAGGGUAAAUUGUAUUCUUAAUUCUUUUGAAUAGCAUUGCUUUUACAGGGCUUCGCAACAUUCUUGGACCUACAGGCAGGUCUUUGUGACAUUUGUGCACUACGGCCCCUGGGAGUUGAUCAUUGAUGCUACAUUAACUAGUGGGAUUCUGUCAGUGUUACUUGAGAAAUGGUCUCUAAACGUACAUGCAGGGUCAGCUGUGUCUCCUAGCAGAGCACGGUGAGGCCUAACUGAUCUAACAUCAGCCUCCAGCUGUGAUUAGUAUAGAUCAGAGUAUUCAAGCUGCAUUAUCAAGUGUAAUUACUACUGAGAAUCGACAGGGGGCGCCAAACUCCUACAAAAGUAUCAGAACUGACACCAUUGCAAUGUACCACGCUUGUCUCUAGCUAAUCCUGAGCUUGGAUCAGUUUUUCUUUCAAGGUAUUAUGUAUAUUAAUGUGAACAGAUGAGCUGAUCCUCAUACGUUGAGAUGUUUGAGAUGUACAUCGUAUGUAGGAACUCGGCUGGUCUCGGAAUCUACUGGAAUAAUAUAAAUGUAUAUACUCUACUGCUUCUGACUGUACAGAAUGAGCUUGCUUGCUUACUCUCUUUGAUAGUGUUCUUUGCAGAAUCUUUUUUUUCAAUCUUAACUUAUAAUUUGUCACUUUUAUAGUAGGAAAGGUUGUAAAGGAAGUCUUGUAAAAAGUGCUCUUUGUGUGUGUUGAUGGACAUUGUUUUUAAUUUUUCAUAUGGUCUCUAUGAUUUCCUUUUUUUCUUGUGUUUUAUUAGAAUACAGAAACAUCGCAAGUCCCAGAAACCAAGAAUAGAGUCAGUACUUGGUGCUGAGAAUCUCACUUUCUGACAUUUUUAAGGAAUCUUACAGGAUAAAGGGAUUUUUUUUUAAUCUCACAGUUAUGUAGUUUAUAGAAGCUACAUGGUAAAGAAGGAAGUCAUGGUAACACUUAACCUAAACCCUGCGACGUAACACUGACACAAAAAUGUCAUAUGCUGUCAUGAAAAAUUAUGUCCAGUAAUAUAACAGUGUCAUGUUACCUUCACUGUUCACAGUCAUGACGAGUGCGCUUAGUGAAAAUUAGUAUGCGACAUAAGCUAUUGUGACAUCAAACAUUAUGGCAUCCGUCAUUGCAGUUAUUGAACAAAAUCUGUCACGACGUGACCGCAUGACAUCAGCUAUGAUGUUUAUGGUCUUAUUAUGUCAGUGUUUUGAAGUAGCGUUCAAGUAAAGUCAUUAAAAAAAGUCCCCUUUCUGU